UCCAUCAAACUUCCAUCACCCUUUCCAUUAUUUUCUUUUGCAGCAGCUGUUUCUCAUAGACAUAUUUGCUAGCUAGCAGCUGCAAGAGUGAAAGAGUGAAAACACACAAAUUAAAAUGGGAGAUAUAAUGAGGAAAAUGCAAGGGUUGAAGCCAGCCCUGAUGAUGUUGAUGGUGCAGAUUGCUUUUUCUACAAUGAAUGUGUUGUACAAAUUUGCCAUAAACGAUGGAGUAAGCGUCAGAGUCAUCACUGCUUACCGUCUCAUUUUCGCCACUGCUUGCACCGUUCCACUUGCUCUUAUUCUUGAAAGGAAAAACAGACCAAAACUGACUUGGAGGGUGCUUUUCAUGUCAUUUUUAUGUGGUCUAUUUGGGGGAAGUUUGUUCCAAAACCUUUAUUUUGAGUCGAUGGCCUUAAUAUCAGCAACAUUUGCUUCAGCUGUUUUCAAUCUCAUUCCUGGAGUUACUUUUAUUUUGGCUGUCUCAUGCGGUUUAGAAAAGUUAAAUUUUCACAAGGCAUCAGGCAUGGCUAAGGUAUUAGGAACAAUAACAGGAAUUGGAGGGGCAAUGAUGUUGACCUUUUUGAAAGGUGUGGAACUUGACAUUUGGCCUUUCCACAUUAACAUCUUGCAUAAAAAGGACACAGGAGCCCACUCUAAUAGUAAAUUGCUUGGUAUUUUUUGUGGUCUUGCAAGCUGCUUUUGUUACUCAUUAUGGCUCAUCAUUCAGGCUAAGAUGAGCAAAGAAUACCCAUGCCAUUACUCAAGUACAGCUUUGAUGUGCUUAAUGGGGGCAACACAAGCCACUGUUUUUGCCCUUUGUGUUGAGAAGGAUUGGAGCCAAUGGAGGCUGGGUUGGAGUAUUAAGCUUCUAACUGCAGCAUAUUCAGGAAUUGUGGCAUCUGGAUUAAUGGUUGUUGUUAUUGCAUGGUGUGUAAAGAAGAGAGGCCCAUUGUAUGCCUCUGUUUUCAACCCUGUGCAGCUUGUGGUUGUGGCCAUUGUUGGUUCCUUGAUGUUGGAUGAGAAUCUCUACUUAGGAAGUGCAAUUGGAGCAGUGCUAAUUAUAAUUGGAUUGUACUCGGUUCUAUGGGGUAAGAGCAAGGAAUUGAAAAAUGUGACUGGCUUGGUAAUCGAUCCAGAAAUCGAACAAAUUGAGGUUGUUGUCACGCCAGAUCAAGAUCAUGAUCAUAUAAAGUGCAGUAAUAACAAUUGUGAGAUAAAUAUUGUUAGCAAGGAUCAUGAUAGUUCAUUAAAAAGUGUGCAAGAAGGACAAGACAUUGAAAAUAACAGGGGAAAAUGACUUCAAGCGACGUGAAAUGUGCAAAUAACACAACAUUUGUAGAGUUGUAGAGUGUGCAUGUUGGACACCAUGCCAUCUUUUCCACCUUCCCACUUGCAAAAGGCAAAGAUUUGAGACACGGGAAAUUUGUACAUUUUUGCUUUGUAACAAAUCUUUGUGUAAUAAACCAGAGAAAGCAAGAGAUAAAGGCAAGUGUGAAGUAACAUGAUGGCAGAAUGGAAAGAGUUUAACAGAAAA